AGCGCAUCUUGCCAGCAACCACUAUGUCUCUGAUUUCCAGCCAGCCCAAUACAAGCACUAUGGACGUGUAUGGUCCUCUUACAACUCACGAGAAGAGAAGUCUUACAUGUCAACACAACGACCACAAUCUAAAUUAUCCAUGUGAAUGCCCUUCAGCAUCACAUCGUGCCUGCCACAAAUCGAGGCUGCGACGUAUUAUCCUUCCUAUAGCGCUUUCCCUUCUCUCCAUAGGCGCCUUUCUGAUCAUUUCCCACUGCUCGGAGAUUGGUGAUCUGUUAGAAGCACUCGGACUUAAUCACGAACAUGUCAGUGGCGUUUUGGGCAAGCGCCAAACCACUAGUACGGGUAGUAGCUUCACGAACAAAAAAUUGUACCUAAUUGUUAUUUUCGUCGGCCUUGUCCUCGUCCUGCUAGCCGCCGUAAUGCUCAGUUUCUGGUGCUGCAAAGGCUCCUUUGAGAAUCCCCUGUGUUGCCCGUGCUACUUGUGUGCAUGUUGUGGUGGGCUCGCAUGUUUGGAGUGCAUUGGCUGUGGCCUCUGCGCAGCUGGUAUCGAUGAAGCGCUAUGAUUAGACGCCACCCUACCCUCUCCAGCGAUAUGAAAUCUGGACUUUGUGGUUGUGAUCCUGCAGGCUUAUGAUGGACAAGUUAAUGUUCUGCGUAUACUUCCAUACUUCUCGUAUCUUAUUAUGGGCGAGCUUCCAUUCAAGGAACAAUGUAUCUGACGUUCUAGCGACUGAGGCCGCUAAUGAAGAUUGCUUCGUGUACUCUCUUGCUCUGCUCGCAGCUGAGUUCCUUCCGCGUGUAUCAGUUCCUGGUGGAACCGCUUAUAUGCUAGUGCUGUAUAAAUAUGCAUGCAACACUAUGGUGCACUAU